UUAAAUCUUUUCUUUUCUUGCAAAAGAAAACUUUUCUUUUCCUUACAUCGAUUUCCUCUCACUUCUUGUCUUAACCAAACAAACCACUAGAAAAUCUGCGGCGGCAAGAGAUGCACUAGAAAGCGGUAUCACAAAACAACCGACUUCGGCCAUCCGGCCACCACCACCUCAAUCCUCAGCACGUUCUCAAUUUCAUAUCCGGUUAAUCAAUUUACCAGCAUAACAAUGGUGAAAGCAUACAAACAAGAACACGUUUACAAGCAUCCAUGGGAACGAGUAACCUCGGCUUCUUGGCGAAAAUUCACCGAUCCAGAAAACAAACGCGUUCUCUCACACAUUCUAGAUGUAAACACAUUGAGCACAAACCUCGAUUCAUCCUCCGGGAAGCUUUACGCGACGCGCGCGAUAACCGUCCGUUGUCCGUGGCUAGUCCGGAGAAUUAUCGGCGAAGAUAUCUGCCACUGUGUUGAAUCGACUGUGGUGGAUGCGAAAUCGCGAUCGAUGAUGCUUAGUUAUAGGAAUAUUAGUAUGGAGAAGUUUAUUGAAGUGGAGGAGAAUACUCGGUAUGAUCCGCAUCCGGAGAAUCCGAAUGAAUGGACUGUUUGUAAGCAGGAGACGCGGAUUCGGAUUAAGCCGUUGUCGGCUUUGGCUUCUAUGGCGGAGAAAGUUGAGCAGAGGUGUGCUGAUAGGUUUCUUCAGAAUAGUGCUAAGAGUAGGGAUGUUAUGGAGAGGAUUUGCAAGUAUCUUGAGGCUGAGUCUAGCUCUUUUUCUGUGUGAUUCUAAAGCAUUUGUUGUAGAGUGGAAAUGUGAUUAUUUGUAAUGGCUUAUCUGGUAUUCUAUUGAAGAGAACAAGUCCAAUAUAGAUUAAAGAUAGGAGCUGAUUUGAAUUUUUAAAGAAUGAUGUUUUUCAUUUUAAAAGUGUAAGAAUAAGUGAAGUUUGAUAUGAAAGUUAUUAUGUUCUUAA